AUGGAAGAAUUUCUUCUCUGCGAUCAAGGCUGUCUACGGUUCACCAACCAAAGCAACUGCUCUUCUUCUCAGGGCCUACGGCAGUACUCUACUCACCGGGAAAACAAAACUUCUUCGGCGAUGAGCCGAGCACUUCGGCAGCGUCCUCAACUGCCCUCCACCAUCUUCCACGCCACCAUCGCCCGUCUGCCUCAAGUGAAGACCAAGGUUGACCUCGACAUCCAGCCCUCUCUUCACCAAACCAUUAGACUCGUGCAGCAGCUCACCAGUAGGAAAACGCCUGGAUCGAACGCGCUCUCUGCUGACAUAUACAAGCGUGAUGGCCCCUAA